ACAUGCGAGAGGCGUAAAUGGUUUGGAUUUCGAUGGGUGGAUCGUUUAAGUGAAUGGGACGAUUGCAUGGUCUUUGAUAGGUCAUAAAGAUGUACCUGUAGACACUUGUUGUGUCGUGUUCUUCCGUGUUUUUCCAGAAGAUGUCUGUCCCUUCUGUCACUACGCUGCGAGGGCUGGUAACCCGUGGUCCGCUGCUGACCUGCGUGCGGCACAAGGCGCGCAUCAACAUCCAGAGGCCCAAGCUGCCGCACUGGGAGAAGGCGCGCUUCCAGAGGCUGACGGUGCCGCAGCUGCCCCAGACGGCAGACCUGCUCAGCGAGGACGCCGGCUGCUACCAUGCCGUCGAGCGGCGCCCCGAGAGAGAGGAGAAUCCUCUGGAGGUUAUCCUUGGGAAGAUGGUUCGGGAAACAUGUGAAAAGUCCGAACUUAUCGUCUUCUUCCACAGGAAUAGCAUUACCAUGAGCGAGGUUCAUAAGAUGUGGCAGAUGCUGAAGCGGGCCGGCUUCACCUACCACAAGCUCUUCAGCAACACGAUCGCUGCUCACGCGUUCGGCGGCACGUCUCUGGCACCGGUGCUGCAACUGUGUCGGUCGCACACGUCGCUGGUGACGUGUCCCGAGCCGCGGGUGGCGCAGCUGCUCCGGCUGCGGAAGAAGCUGCCGCAACUGGUUAUGAUCGGCGGCGUGGUGUCGGGGCGGUUCAUGAGCGUGGCCGAUCUGGAGCGGUACGGCCAGCUGCCGGGCCGGCCGGCGCUGCUGGCCCAGCUCAGCGGCCUGCUGGCCGGGCCGGCGGCCGCCACCAGCGCCGCCCUCAACCACCACCAGGCGGCGCUGGUGCGCAGUCUGGCCGCUCUCAGCGAGAGCCAGGAGCAGCCCUGACCAGACCAGGCGUGAUGGCAGGGUGCUGCGCCUCGGCGGCCCGGUCCGGCACGUCGGCCGCCUGUGGUGGACAGUAUGCGUGUGUGUGUGUGUCUUCUCAGUGUAGAAUGGAGGUUUUGGCAAGGGUAGUCCUUGGUGUACUGAGCGUUCAGGAUAUUGAAUACACAUGGUCCGUAUGUUGA